GGGCCGCGGGCACGAGCAUGGUGAGACACCAGCCGCUACAGUACUAUGAGCCCCAGCUGUGCCUCUCCUGCCUCACGGGCAUCUACGGCUGCCGCUGGAAACGCUACCAGCGCUCUCAUGAUGACACCACGCCGUGGGAGCGCCUCUGGUUUCUACUGCUCACCUUCACCUUCGGCCUCACGCUCACUUGGCUCUACUUCUGGUGGGAAGUCCACAACGACUAUGAAUUCAACUGGUACCUCUACAACCGCAUGGGCUACUGGAGUGACUGGUCCGUGCCUAUCCUCAUGACCACAGCCGCUGCUUUCACGUACAUCGCAGGUCUCCUGGUCCUGGCAUUAUGUCACAUCGCUGUGGGGCAGCAGAUGAACCUCCACUGGUUGCACAAGAUUGGGCUGGUGGUCAUCCUGACCUCCACAGUAGUGGCCAUGUCAGCAGUGGCCCAGCUGUGGGAGGACGAGUGGGAGGUGCUGCUGAUCUCCCUGCAGGGCACAGCACCAUUCCUGCACAUAGGGGCUCUGGCAGCCAUAACUGCUCUCUCCUGGAUCGUGGCUGGACAGUUCGCCCGUGCAGAGCGAUCCCCCUCCCAGGCAACCAUUCUCUGUACCUUCUUCGCCGUGGUCUUUGCCCUCUACUUGGCUCCUCUUAGCAUCUCCUCUCCCUGCAUCAUGGAGAAAAAGGAUCUGGGCCCCAAGCCUGCCCUCAUUGGCCAUCGUGGUGCUCCUAUGCUGGCCCCAGAGCACACACUGAUGUCCUUCCGGAAGGCCCUAGAACAGAAGCUGUAUGGGCUCCAGGCUGACAUCACUAUCAGCCUGGAUGGUGUGCCUUUCCUCAUGCACGACGCCACUCUGCGGCGCACCACCAACGUGGAGCAGGUGUUCCCGGAGCUCGCCCGCAGGCCGGCUUCUAUGCUCAACUGGACCAUCCUGCAGAGGCUCAACGCUGGACAGUGGUUCCUGAAGAGUGACCCCUUCUGGACAGUGAGCUCCCUGUCACCCUCCGACCACAGGGAGGCCCAGAACCAGUCCAUCUGCAGCCUGGCAGAACUCCUGGAGCUGGCCAAGGGCAAUGCCACCCUGCUGCUCAACCUGCGUGACCCACCCCGUGAGCACCCCUACCGUGGCAGCUUUCUCAACGUCACACUGGAGGCCGUGCUGCGCUCUGGCUUCCCGCAGCACCAGGUCAUGUGGCUGCCUAACAGGCAGAGGCCCCUGGUACAAAAGGUGGCACCCGGCUUCCAGCAAACCUCAGGUUCCAAGGAGGCAGUCGCCAGCCUGCGGAGAGGCCACAUCCAGCGGCUAAACCUGCGCUACACUCAGGUGUCCCGCCAGGAGCUCAGGGACUAUGCGUCCUGGAACCUGAGUGUGAACCUCUACACUGUCAACGCACCGUGGCUCUUCUCCCUGCUUUGGUGUGCUGGGGUACCAUCUGUCACUUCUGACAACUCCCACACCCUGUCCCAGGUGCCUUCCCCUCUCUGGAUCAUGCCCCCGGACGAGUACUGUCUCAUGUGGGUCACCGCCGACCUGAUCUCCUUCACCCUCAUUGUUGGCAUCUUUGUGUUCCAGAAGUGGCGCCUGGGUAGCAUACGGAGCUACAACCCUGAGCAAAUCAUGCUGAGUGCCGCUGUGCGCCGGACCAGCCGGGAUGUCAGCAUCAUGAAGGAGAAGCUCAUCUUCUCAGAAAUCAGCGAUGGCGUAGAGGUCUCCGAUGAGUUCUCUGUGUGUUCAGACAGCAGUUAUGACACAUACGGCAACAGUACUACUACCCCUGUUGGCCCUCGAGGGAGUGGGAGCCGAGCCAAGCCCCUCACAGACCGGUGUGGGCGUUAGCUAAAGGCCUGUCUGUCCCAGCCUGUAUGUGAUAUAGAAACCAGGAGAGCACAGCAGAACUACCAGAAGCUUCUGGAUUUCAAGGGCUCUGGCAGCCGGCUCCAUAGCCUCCUCAUGGGCUCCAGACCCUUGUCAACCACUGCCUGUCUUAGAGGGGUCCCUCCCCUCUCUCUGAGGCCCCACUGGGCCAGGACUCUAGCCUUUCAGAUGCCCCUGCAGGUCUGGGGCUCCUCCUUCUGAGAAGUACAGGACCUGGACCUGGUCCCACUCUCAUGGCCCUCCUUCACAUCCAAGUCUGGAAGCUUUGAUGGGUCACUAAGCUGUCCACAUCCCCUGUGGCAAUGGAGACUGUGGAUGCUCACCAAUGUCUGAGGCAACUGACAUCUCCAUUUUUAUCCUGCCUCGAGGACCUGAGCUGGGCCUCUACCCCCAGCCCUGGCAGCUCUGCUCUCUACUUCAGUCUCAAAGCACAAGGAGGUUCAGCCCAGGAGGAAAGCCAGUGACCAUGGUGGAGACAUGUCCUUCUCCCAACCAGCCUCCCACCACUGCUGGCCCCUGACCCCGAGGGGCUGGAGCCAUGUUCCCUAGCAGCAACUGGAAAUGACCAGAAGGGUAGGCUCAGAACUGUUCUAUUUCACACCUAAGUGUCCAACAAGCCUCUGGGAAGAAGUGGUCCUGAGACCCAGAAGAUCUACAGUCUGACAUACCCUUAGGUUCCCACAGGGGUGGCCACAGGCAAGACUCACCUGGAAAAAGUGUUCUGGGCAUGGUCAAGUGGGCCUGUGGUUAAGGAGGCCUGCAUGGAGGGAGUCUGAGGGCCUUGGCCAAGAUGAUUAAA